CUGAACUCGGUGGUUUUGGAAGCUCGAAGGAUGGGGGAGAAGAUGGCGGAGGAGGAGUUCCCCAAUACAACACAUGAGGGUUUCAAUGUCACCCUUCACACCACCCUGGUUGUCACAACAAAGCUGGUGCUUCCAACCCCUGCCAAGCCCAUCCUUCCUGUGCAGACAGGGGAACAGGCUCAGCAAGAGGAGCAGUCAAGUGGCAUGACCAUCUUCUUCACCCUCCUCGUCCUAGCUAUUUGCAUCAUAUUGGUGCAUUUACUGAUCCGAUACAGAUUACAUUUCUUGCCAGAGAGUGUUGCUGUCGUUUCUUUAGGUAUUCUCAUGGGAGCAUUUAUAAAAAUUAUAGAGUUUAAAAAACUGGCAAAUUGGAAGGAAGAAGAAAUGUUUCGUCCAAAUAUGUUUUUCCUCCUCUUGCUUCCACCUAUUAUCUUUGAGUCUGGAUAUUCAUUACACAAGGGUAACUUCUUUCAGAAUAUUGGUUCCAUUACCCUGUUUGCUGUUUUUGGUACGGCGAUCUCCGCUUUUGUAGUAGGUGGAGGAAUUUAUUUUCUGGGCCAGGCUGAUGUAAUCUCUAAACUCAACAUGACAGACAGUUUUGCGUUUGGCUCCUUAAUAUCUGCUGUCGACCCAGUGGCUACUAUUGCUAUUUUCAAUGCACUUCACGUGGACCCUGUGCUCAACAUGCUGGUUUUUGGGGAAAGUAUUCUCAAUGAUGCAGUCUCCAUUGUCCUGACCAACACAGCUGAAGGUUUAACAAGAAAAAAUAUGUCAGAUGUCAGUGGGUGGCAAACAUUUUUACAAGCCCUUGGCUACUUCCUCAAAAUGUUCUUUGGCUCAGCAGCGCUCGGCACUCUCACUGGCUUAAUUUCUGCAUUGGUGCUAAAGCAUAUUGACUUGAGGAAAACACCUUCCUUGGAGUUCGGCAUGAUGAUCAUUUUUGCUUAUCUGCCUUAUGGACUCGCAGAAGGAAUAUCACUCUCGGGCAUCAUGGCCAUCCUGUUCUCAGGCAUCGUGAUGUCACACUACACGCACCAUAACCUCUCCCCGGUCACCCAGAUCCUCAUGCAGCAAACCCUCCGGACCGUGGCCUUCUUGUGCGAAACAUGUGUGUUUGCGUUUCUUGGCCUGUCCAUUUUUAGUUUCCCUCACAAGUUUGAAAUUUCCUUUGUCAUCUGGUGCAUAGUGCUUGUACUGUUCGGCAGAGCAGUAAACAUUUUCCCACUUUCCUACCUCCUGAAUUUCUUCCGGGAUCAUAAAAUCACACCGAAGAUGAUGUUCAUCAUGUGGUUUAGUGGCCUGCGGGGGGCCAUCCCCUAUGCCCUGAGUCUGCACCUGGACCUGGAGCCCAUGGAGAAGCGGCAGCUCAUUGGCACCACCACCAUCAUCAUCGUGCUCUUCACCAUCCUGCUGCUGGGUGGCAGCACCAUGCCUCUCAUCCGCUUCAUGGACAUCGAGGAUGCCAAGGCGCGCCGCAGGAACAAGAAGGACGUCAACCUCAGCAAGACGGAGAAGAUGGGCAACACCAUCGAGUCAGAGCACUUGUCAGAGCUCACCGAGGAGGAGUAUGAAGCCCACUACAUCAGGCGGCAGGAUCUCAAAGGCUUCAUGUGGUUGGAUGCCAAGUACCUGAACCCCUUCUUCACGCGGAGGCUGACUCAGGAGGACCUCCACCACGGGCGCAUCCAGAUGAAGACCCUCACCAACAAGUGGUAUGAGGAGGUGCGCCAGGGCCCUUCCGGCUCUGAGGAUGACGAGCAGGAGCUGCUGUGACAGAACAGGGUGCCGCUGUGGCUUCUGGACAGGCAGGGCAUUUGCUGCCCACACAUAUCCAGCAAGGGCCUCCAGAGGUGUUUGCAUUUGGCAGCCUGUUCAGAGAAAGUAGGGUGUAGUCAGGGCUGCCGAGUCUUCUUAACCCGGAACUUUCCAGGUCUUUGGAGCCAGAUGGCUGCUUCUGAAACAUCUCUCCACUCCUCACAGAGCAGGACCUCUGCUCUCUGUUACUUCUUGGCCCACAGAUGGGAGUGAGCACCUGUCCCAGGCAACACUUCCCUCAGCUUCUGCAGCCAGGUGAGCAGAGCAGUCAUCUGUCCAGCUGGGGUGCCCACCUGAGGGCAGUGCUUGUUUGCAGUUUGUGCCCUUCCCAAGCCACCACCUUGGUCACAACCCCCUGCUGGAAUGGGGUCUGUCCCUGCAGAGCGAGUAGCCAGCUGCCAUUAUUUGCCUUUGAGUCAUCAAGGUGCCUGGGGCCUCAGCAGCAGCAAUUCUGACCUAAAUGACAGGGCCCAGAAAUCCUGAAAACCUCACACUCCCCUUUGUGAUGUUCCCUGCACUCCCAGAGAAAGAAAAACCGAUUCACCUUUUUUCUUUAUCUCCGACUGGUACCUCGCAGCCAUCUCCCCAGGCAGGUGGCAGGCAGCUGCUGCCCUUCUCUGGGCAUACUGCGAAUGUUUACACUGGUACUGGUCUCCAGAUCCCCACUGGAACCUGGAUUUUUUUGGGGGGGUGUUGGGGGUAGCAAGCCUGUUCUGUGUGGGGUCAGAGCACCCCCUAGAGGGAAAACCUAGAGAUACAGGGUUUCUACGGGCCAGCAACUGCUAUCUUGAUUCAGUUUAAAUUCAUGCACUUUUACAAAGUAGUGAGAGCAUAGUAAUAACCCCUGAUCUCCCUCACCAGGAUUCCCCUAUUGGUUGUUCUUGUUUGUCCAAUCAGAGGCCCCUUUUCCUAGGCUCUGUAGUGUCUGCUGUCCAUUUACAUGCUGCCACUAUCACUGCUAAUUAGGGUUCUAUCCUCUUUCCCCUCUCCUAGUUCCCCACCAUGUUGGGUCCCAUUUGACCCCCAUGCCAGGGUCCCAGCUCCCCAAAGCAGUAGAGCAGGGGCCAGACCAGCAGUGCCCAGUGCUGCUCCCUUCCCACCCCCCAACCCUCCCCCACCUGGUACUCCAGUGAUCUGGAGUCACAUGCAUACAAAACCCACACCCUGGCACCCAUCCAAUGGUCCUGGCCUCCCCGACUAUCUCAGGGUGAGAAACUGCCAGUCACGUCCAGAUGAAAUGGAGGUACUGACUUGCAUCCUGUCCUCACUGCCCUCUCACAAGCCCUGUAAUUGCUUGACUUUGCCCAUCUAUGGGCUGUUGACACCCCAUAAUUUAAGCCAUUACCUUGCAUAAUUUUGGUCUCCACCAUUUCCUUUUAGUGGCAAAGUAAGAGAAGAGGUCAAAGAGGGUGGGGACCUUUGCCCACACCUGGGCCGUAGGGACAGGGAUCUGCAACCUGAUUAUUCUCACACUCCAGCUCGGAACUGAUUUACUCUGCAAACUCAAUAGCUUGCCAGGAUUUCUUUCUUUUUUAAUCUUAAAUUCACAGAUCAAGCAAUAGAGUCAGGAUCUUAGUUCAGACCCCCUCAUCUCUAGGUCUGAUGCCCCAGCCACAUCAUGCCUGGCCUCCCACUUUUAGUUGAGACCUGAAAACACCCUGUAGUAGAAGAGCACAUGGGGGGCUUGAUGGAAGGGCCCCAAGGUUUUGCUGGGGGUCAGGGGAUGGGUACCUUUCCUGGAAGGUACCAGCCUGGAUCUCCUAUGAACUGCCUAUGCCCCCUGCUGGCUGAGGGAGGACUUAGCAACCUGGGAUAGCGCUCCCAUGAAUGAGGGUUGGCCAAUACUCCUGCACCCUCUCAGUUCACCUUAGUCAUAUGCUAAAGGCAUAUGGGGUAUAGUUUCCUGGUGGAUUUUUUUCAAAUCUGAGAAUCAGAAAUUGCUACUACCUUUAGCAUACCUAAUCUAUUAUUUGGGGGUCUGGCCAGUUAGCGUAGUUGGUUGGAGCAUGUCCUUGUAACACCAAGGUCAAGGGUUCAAGGGUUCAGAUCCCAUUACUGGCCAGCUGCCAAAAAAAAAUGCCCUAAUAAUUCUAUUUGGGGCAGUAAGUGCAUACAAGAUAUAAAAAUAUCCAGUUUAACUGGACCGUUCUGCGUAUUUAUUUUCCUUUAGGUCUAGGCCAUGGGACAGGAAAGUUAUAGCAUGUAGGAGGUUAUACUUUAGUGUACUGAAGGCUGGAAAGUCAGUGAGUACCUUUGGGGAAGCUGGCCAGUGGACCUGGAAAUGUGCAGCAGCAGGCCCCACACCUUGAGGCUCCCUUGGCAGCCUCUCCACAGCAGGCUCUGUGAUUUUUGAACCACUUUUUGGAAUAAAUUGCAUGCUUUCUGUAACCCUGUGGUUGUAGGACCCCUCAGAACAGCCACACCCUGUGACUUGGGGUGUCAGGUCUUACAGGGAAAGGAGCUGACUUUGGUUCCCAGAUAAGUUUGCCGUGGGCUAGGCCAGGGCCAGGCUGAAGGUGGCUCAGUUCCAUCAUCAGGUGCUCAGAUGCUCAGACCAGGGGCAAAACUAAAGCCCUCCCUCCACCACCCCAAGCCAGCUGCCUCUUUUCACAGUGGGAAUGCUGCCUGGAGCCAAGGGGCAGGGCCUGGCCCAGAAUGCUGGCAGCCCAAGUUAGCCCAGAGAGGCACCGAUUUGCCCGCAGGUUCCUUUGUGUGUGAUGGAUUGCUGAAAGAUUGGUGAGUGGGGAGCUUUCUUAAAAUCCUCACUGAAGGGCCGGCCUGGUGGCGCACUGGAGAGUGCGCCACUUGGGAGCGCGGCGGCACU